AAAGUGGGCUGUGGGCAGUUGCUCUGGCCAAGCGCUUCGGGGCUUAGCCGCCUGUCUCCAAGCGCCUGGUUUUUAUUUUUAUUUUAUGCCAAGCGUCACGAAGCUUAGGAAUUCCCAUCAGAGCUCAAUUUGCUCGCACCAUCUCUGUGCCCAGGUAUCAGUUCCGAUCUAUUCAGGCCCCGGGGCUGAGAAUGUCCCUGUAUUCCAAAGAGGAAACUUUCCCGGCCGGAUGCGAACCCCGGGGACGCUGCUCCUGUGAAGACCGACCCCUCCCGUCCCACCCCUUUUUUUUUUUUUUUUAAGUUUUUAGUUGCAACUGGGGGUGGCGUCUGCUUCGGUAUCUUUUCCCUCCUCCGUCGGUUCGGCCAUGGCCCCGUUGCGCCCGCACACGCGCACGCAGACGCGGGGCCGCCGCCGGGUCUGCAAGUUUGUGGGGCGCCCACGCCGGCGCUCGGCUUCCUCCAGGAGUAGUUGGCGCAAGCCCCGCCCCCGGGCCGUGUUGUCAAACGGGCCGGGGUCUCCGAUUGGUCCAGCCUCCGGGACAACACCUGCUCGACUCCUUCAUUCAAGUGACACCGGAGCUUCCAGGGAUAUUUGAGGCACCGUCUCUGCCAUCGCCGGGCACUCGCCGCGCUGCUAACGGCCUGGUCACAUGCUCUCCGGAGAGCUACGGGAGGGCGCUGGGGUAACCUCUGCGCGAGCCCCGGCGAGGCGGAGGGAAGGGGCCGGCGAGGAGAGCGAGCGGGAGGAGGGGGGGAGCGGCGGAGGAAGAGGAGGAGGAGGAGGGGCGCACAAAGAAUCCGGGUCUCCCGGCGGGAGGGUGAUCCCCAGGACCAUGUGUGCCGAGCGGCUGGGCCAGUUCGUGACCCUGGCUUUGGUGUUGGCCACCUUGGACCCGGCGCGGGGGACCGACGCCACGAACCCUCCGGAAGGUCCCCAAGACAGGGGCUCCCAGCAGAAAGGCCGCCUGUCCCUGCAGAACACAGCGGAGAUCCAGCACUGCUUGGUCAAUGCCGGGGACGUGGGAUGUGGCGUCUUUGAGUGUUUUGAGAACAACUCUUGUGAAAUCCGGGGCUUACAUGGGAUUUGCAUGACAUUUCUGCACAACGCUGGAAAAUUCGAUGCCCAGGGCAAGUCAUUCAUCAAGGAUGCCCUGAGGUGCAAGGCCCAUGCCCUGCGGCACCGAUUCGGCUGCAUCAGCAGAAAGUGUCCGGCAAUUAAGGAAAUGGUUUUUCAGCUGCAGAGGGAGUGCUACCUCAGGCACAAUCUGUGCUCGGCAGCGCAGGAGAACGUCGGCGUGAUUGUGGAGAUGAUUCACUUCAAGGACCUCCUGCUGCACGAGCCCUACGUGGACCUCGUGAAUCUGCUGCUAACCUGCGGGGAAGAGGUGAAGGAGGCGGUCACCCGUAGUGUCCAGGCUCAGUGUGAACAGAACUGGGGAGGCCUGUGCUCCAUCCUGAGCUUCUGCACCUCCAACAUACAGAGACCGCCCACCACAGCCCCUGAGCACCAGCCCCUGGCCGACGGGGCCCAGCUCUCCAGGCCUCACCACCGGAAUGCGGGCUACCACCUAACAGAAGCCAGCAGAGGUGCCAAAGGUGAGCGAGGGAGCAGAAGUCACCCAAAUGCGCACGCGCGAGGCGGCGCCAGUGGCCAGAGCGCUCAGGGACCGUCCGGAAGCAGCGAGUGGGAAGACGAACAGUCGGAGUAUUCCGACAUCCGGAGGUGAAAUGAAAACCCGGCCACGAAAGCUUUCCUCCAGGCCGUCCAUUUUCUUAUCUAUGGACAUUCCAAAACAUUUACAUUAAAGAGGGGGGAUGUCACACGCAGGAUGUAUGCGAAUUGUGGACUUCGUGCAGGUGUAUGAACAGGUGAGAUGGAGAGUCCAGGGCAGCAGGGCCUCCGGUGCCUGGUGGAUUGGCGCUCGUGUGUAAGCUUAUCAGAAGGAGUGGUGCCUUGAGUCGGCCUUGUAACUUUGUCUCUUGCAGUCCGUGGAGCUAGUGGGUGGCUAAGGCGUGCUCUGUUGUGGGGGAGGGGGGUCAGAUGGGGAAGAGAGGGGCCACACAUGGGUGCUAGGUCCUCCCCCACCGUUUCCAAUGCCGUCUGCAGGGGCCGGGGCAGCUGGGUUCCGGCAGGAGUGAGUGGGAAGUGUGGCGGAAAAGGCAGAGGAACAGCCAUCCAAGAGGAUGAAGGGCUUACCAUUGCUCAGUCAGUGCCAAACCGAAAGUUUAGAGUUGUGUGCGUGGGACCUUUUGUUUCACAGCUGCUGGGAGGGACAUGGGGUAGCACAUUUUCUGUGUGUCAUUUCUGAGCCAUUGUUCUGUCUGGGGGACACUGAAGGAGUGGCCCCUGCCUGUUUAUUUUGACCACUGUUUCGGAUCUCAAUUUUGCUUUUUUUUUUUUUUUUAAAUCUAUUGACAUCUACAUGUGUGUCACCUAAAUAAAUGGCUUUCAAACCAAACAACUGGGUCACAAAACCAGCUCAGAGGAGGAAGCAAACCAAUCCCACCCCACCCCAUCUCUGGAGGGUAAAUUUUUGUGAGUUCUGUUUUUAAAAAGAGGAGCUCAAACAGCACUGUGCCCAUGUGGGCUACUGCCCCCUGAAACAGACUGAUAGCUAGAAGGAGGGAAGGAAAAAAGGCACAUACCGGGAGUCCUUCCCUUAGACAGCCUUUCCCUAGAGUUUUGCUCUCUCAACUUGACCUCAGCCAAGGUCCAUGAGCCUGUAUAUUGAAUCCGUGUGGCCAAGUUGAAAUCAGCCUCUGCGUGCUGGAAAGAGAGAGAGGCCUCAAGAUCGCUAGGGGAAUGUCACCCUCCGCAUACUUGGGCCGAAUAGCUUAAUCGCUAAGAGACAGGGCUUUCCACGGCCAAAGUAGAAAUUUAGCAACAAGGAGAGAAGGGGGGGGGGCAAAAGAAAGGCCAAAGGGGAGAGAAAGAAGCGACUACAACAGCUCAGCGCUCGCAUCUCCUCUCUCUGUGCCUGUCAUGGUUAUUCCUCUUGUAGCCAGAACUCACGGGAGCCAGGGUUCCAGGAUGGGAGGGUAUCCUGGGCCAGGUCGCCUAGAGCAAGGCUUCGCCAACUUUUUCUAUGAAGGGCCAAAUAGUAAUUAGAGAGUUUCAGUUCGGCAAGCCACAUGGUUUCUGUUGCCGCUAGCCAGCUCUGCCAUCACAGCACAAAAGCACCCUCCACCACACAAAUGGGAGGGCUUGGCUCCGUUCCACUAUGAUUUUCCUCAACAGGCACCCAGCUGGACUUGGCUCACAGGCCGUACAUAGCAUACUCCCCGUUUUAGGGAGCUGGAUGAAAAGCAUGCAUUCUGCCUUGCCCAGCUACUCUAGUUCUCCCUGGAAAGCCCCUGAGGCCAGAGACAGCCACGUUUCUCCAAACACAUCCCCAAACUCAGCUGGUGUCUCCACAUGCAGGAUCCAAUCUUGAUCUCUCAUAGGCUUUGCUUAAAAAAUAAAAAAAUAAAUUCAUCUGGGGAGGGGUGGGUUGGUGACGUCCUGGGAAACCCCCAGAAAAGUGUGGGACUGCAGAGAGCAGAGGAGUGUGUGCAUUUCAUCCAGUUCUGCCCGGAAGGAAGGAGGCCCAGCAUGCCAGGCUCUGCCACGGGAAAUGAAUGUAGAUUAUGGCGCUCCCAUGCCAUGUGCCUGCGUGGCACCUUGACUGUUUCUGCUUACAUCACUCACAAACAUUCUCCUUCAUUCCUGGCUCGGCUGCUCAUUUGUCCCCAGCUUCUGGGCUGGGUUUGUCAGUGUCUUGUGUUCACCUACUGUUGUUGUUCCUACUGUAAAUAUUUGUCGUUUGUAUUUAUUAUCUCAGUGUUUUCCCCCCAAAGGCAUAAAAUCACUUCCUAUGUUCAUUUGAACCCACCGGCUGAUCUCUGUUGUGUAUUUUCCAUGCCUCAGUGCU